UUUGCCGACAAUAUCUACAUCGUCCUCGAAACCAAAUCUCCGCCUCUGAUCUCACGCACGACGUUAGCCUCUUCGCAAGCGCCUUGCUCAACAACGCUCAUUUCUGGACGGCCACUCCGGAGCUCGUCGCGCUGAUCACGCGCAGGCUUUUCAGCUCCAGAUCCGAUGUCGUAAGCUUCACUCGGUGCCCAAGCAUCGGAUCACAAAGUACCAUCGACAAUGAGGCAAGGUGGAUCCAAGAGAAGACGAGCAUCCAUCCGAUGCGUCCUUCUGGUGUGUUCAAUGUGCACGGGUCUCGGCCUGUUGUUGCUUAGCGCGAGGUCGGUCGAUCCUUCUUCGGACAGGGACGUGCCGGUGAGGCUCCGUUCCAGCACCGGCGACGGGACCGGCGCUGCCGGCGCGGAGAUUGAUGGCGAGAGAGGGAUGAAGGAGAAAGCGAAGACGUGCGCAACGGUGGAGGAAAUGGGGGAGGCUUUCAGGGGAGGUUUCGUGAAGGAAAGCCUCAGAGUCAGGAGAUUAUUACAAGCUCACUUCUCUAGAUAUGGUGCUGCCAGAGUCAGGGAUCUCCCUCCAGAUCAGUUUUGUAGACAUGGUUUUGUGAUGGGAAAAGCAUCAGAGGCAGGCUUUGGUAAUGAAAUGUAUAAGGUCUUGACAGCUGCAGCAUUGAGCAUAAUGUUGAACCGGUCACUGAUUAUUGGGCAAACCAGGGAUAAAUUUCCUUUCGGAGAUUACAUCUCUUAUUCAAACGUCUCCUUCACUUUAAGAGAAGUCAAGCAUCUUUGGAGACGAAAUGGUUGCAUCCAGAAGUAUAAAAGGCAGCUGAAUAUGAGGAUUGAUGAUUUUCAGAAGCCUGCCCAUACAAAUGUCCUCUGUAGCAACUGGAUUAAAUGGAACCAACCCAUCAUAUGGUUUCAGAACACUACUGAUGCUGUGGCAGCUCAAUUCUUCUUGAAAAAUAUACACUCUGAGAUGAGGACUGCAGCUACUGAGUUAUAUGGAUCCCCGGAAACCUUUGAUUCUAGGCCAAAUGUAUAUGGGGAACUGAUGAGAUUUUUAAUAUCUCCUUCAAGUGACGUAAAGGAAGCAGUCAGUUGGGUUCUUCAGGGCAGGCAGGAUCCUGAUAUUACACUGCAUAUGCGAAUGCUAAUGAACAGAUCUCUGAGAGCAGCACAGGCAGCAUUACGCUGCGUAAGAAAGGUCAUAAGCAACCUGCAAUUGUCAAAACCCAGGGUGGUCGUAGUAUCUGAUACGCCCUCUUUCAUCAGGGGCAUCACUCAAAAUAUUAGUGAGUUUGCAGAGGUUUUUGGUUUCGACUUUAAGCAUUUUAAGGGAAAUUUAUCUAUUGCCGAUGCUAAGUUGCAUAAUCUAGACUUCAGAACUAGGGAUUGGGGACCAACACCCCGAUGGGUUGCAUUUGUGGAUUUCUUUCUAGCAUCACGUGCGAAACAUGCUGUUGUUUCCGGAGCUCACCGGCGCAUUGGAACCACCUAUGCUCAGUUAGUUGCAGCCUUGGCUGCUGCAAACAAUCUGGGUGACGAUUCUGUCAGCUCAGAUUUUUCAUUUCUUAGUAGUUUCCAGAGUAACUUGUUGUCUGGAGGCUUGGGAAACCAGGUCGGGUGGGGACACGUCUGGAAUAGAUUUGCUGGCCCAUUGAGUUGCCGUGGGCAGCCCCAUCAGUGUGCUUUUACGCCGCUUCUUCCGCCGGCUUGGUGGGACGGUCUUUGGCAAUCCCCCAUUCCCCGGGAUAUCCGUAGGCUGGCAGCCUACGGCAUUAAACUCUCGGGUUCCGGCACAAGUGACGAGAAUCAUCUCCUCUCUUUCUGUAAGUCCAGGAAAGAGACCGUAAAAACGGUCUCAGUACUCAAAGCGUAAUCAGAGAGUUCCAACUUGCCCUUCCACGGGCAUGCUUUUCGAAGCAGAUUGAUCCUGAAACGAAAUAGAGUCAUUACAUGUCAAGAUGAUGGCAUCCCAAAAAAAAUUUCCCCCACCUUACUAUAUGAGUAAACAUAGCAAUUAAUAUCAUGUAACUCCUCGUGACCUGUAUUUUGUAUCACAAGACUGACGCAAUAAAAUGGGAGAGUAUUCUCAGAUUA